AUGGCUGAAGCCUGCAAUGCCACGCGUGCUCGGGCCAGGGACGUUUGCAAAAAGAACGGAUUGCUUAUUCUCUCUGUACUGUCUGUCAUAGUAGGAUGCCUGCUGGGAUUCUUCCUGAGGACCAGGAGACUCUCCCCUCAGGAAAUUAGUUAUUUCCAGUUUCCUGGAGAGCUGCUGAUGAGGAUGUUGAAAAUGCUGAUCCUGCCACUGGUUGUGUCCAGCUUAAUGUCCGGGUUGGCGGCGUUGGAUGCCAAAACGUGUAGCCGCCUGGGCAUCAUCACCGUGGCCUACUACCUGUGGACCACCUUCAUGGCGGUCAUCGUGGGCAUCGUAAUGGUCUGCGCCAUCCACCCUGGUGGGGCAGCCCAGAAGGAGAACACGGAGCAGAGCGGGAAGCCAAUCAUGAGCUCGGCAGAUGCCUUGCUGGACCUCAUCAGAAACAUGUUUCCAGCAAACCUCGUGGAGGCUACAUUCAAACAGGCCAGCCCGGCGGGUCCCCAUAGGACCACCCACAGAGUCAUCGUCUAUGGGAUCCAGGAGGAGAAUGGGUCCGACGUGCAGAACUUCGUCCUGGACAUCACCCCACCUCCAGAGGUCAUCUACAGGUCGGAGCCCGGCACGAGUGACGGCAUGAAUGUGCUGGGGAUAGUCAUCUUCUCGGCCACCAUGGGGUGUGGGCAUGUCUCUGCAGGAAUCAUGCUUGGCAGGAUGGGAGAGAGUGGGGUCCCUCUGGUCAGCUUCUGCCAGUGUCUGAAUGAGUCAGUCAUGAAGAUCGUGGCCCUGGCUGUGUGGUACUUCCCCUUCGGGAUCGUGUUCCUUAUCGCGGGCAAGAUCCUGGAGAUGGACGACCCCUCAGCCAUCGGGAGGAAGCUGGGUUUCUACGCCAUCACGGUGGUGUGUGGGCUGAUGGUUCACGGCCUGCUCCUCCUGCCCACCGUCUACUUCCUCAUCACCAGGAAAAAUCCCAUCGUCUUCAUCCGGGGGAUCCUGCAGGCCCUGCUCAUCGCCCUGGCCACUUCGUCCAGCUCAGCGACCUUGCCCAUCACAUUCAAGUGUUUGCUGGAGAACAACCACAUUGACCGUCGAAUCGCCCGCUUUGUGCUGCCCGUGGGGGCCACCAUUAACAUGGAUGGCACUGCCCUCUACGAAGCCGUGGCUGCCAUCUUCAUCGCACAAGUCAACAACUACGAGCUGGACUUUGGCCAGAUCAUCACCAUCAGCAUCACAGCGACGGCAGCAAGCAUCGGAGCCGCAGGGAUCCCCCAGGCCGGACUGGUCACCAUGGUCAUCGUGCUGACCUCCGUCGGUCUGCCCACGGACGACAUCACUCUCAUCAUCGCUGUCGACUGGGCACUGGACCGAUUCCGGACAAUGAUCAAUGUGCUGGGGGAUGGUCUUGCAGCCGGGAUCAUGGCUCACGUCUGUCGGAAGGACUUCACCAGGGGUGAGAAGCCCCCUGCUGCCCAGGUCAUCCCCGAUAGUGCCCCCCAGAGGAACGGCUGCCUGAGGCGGGGGGUGGAAACCACCGGAUCGCAGCUGGGAAGGGCAUUCCAAACCCACACCUGCGUGCGAGUGGAGAAGGAGAGCGUGAUGGACACCCCCACCCAGGCCCCUGCCAGCGGACACCACUGCACCAUCGAGAUCAGCGAGCUGGAGACCAACGUCUAGGAGCCUAUCACCAAGGGAGCAGGGCCAGAGCGGGCAGCUGGAUCUUCUGCCAGGAGUAGAUGGCAGCCACACCAGUCGAUUGGCCUAGUGGGAGUCGGGCCCGGCUCCGGGGGCUGGCCCACAGCCACUGACUGUCACAAAGCCCCCAGCCAGCUCCACAGGAUGAGCUCUUGCAGUGACGGCAUCCAGGAAUAAGGGAGUUGGCAUUUGAUGUGAGACACCCAACUGGAUGUGGGGGGAAACCGUGCCCAUGCCCAGUUUCAGUUGCGGAAUCUUCUGGGGUCUGUAUCCAUGCCCCUAACCCUUGCCCACAUGGUCUGUGCCUUCGCCCCAGCUUUGGCCUAAAUUCGUGUCCCACCCACGGGCUCGGCCCAAGGCCCCUGGGUGGGGCAGGGCUAGCAGAAGGCAUGUCUCCUUUGCCCCAGCCUGGACAACUGUCCACUCAUUCAUCUACAUGACCCCCGGGGUGAAGCUGCCAUCUGCGAGAGCCCCCUGAGGGGCAGGGCGCUGGGGAUGCAACUCCACCAGGGUCCCCACCCUGUGGAAACCCCGUGGAAACCCCAUGGAAAC